UUUGAUAUGAUGAUUAGGGAAUAACCAGACUGACACGUCGCAAAUUUGGCAUAAUCAAGGAGAACAUUUCCAGGUGGUGGUCUCUGAAAUUGCUCAGUGAGCACCUCUAAUUAACCUGAUUUUUUGGUGAUAAUCACUCUCAAUGGAAUCAAAUCAAAAAUCCGGGGAUGGAUUGGCCGGCACACAGAAAGAAGCUGCCCUCCACACAAUAAGUCAGCGCACGGGAUAUAAAUUGUACCAGGAAAAUGGACAAAGAAAGUAUGGAGGGCCACCACCAGGCUGGGAUGGACCACCACCAGAACGAGGCUGUGAAAUUUUCAUUGGAAAACUACCCCGAGACCUCUUUGAAGAUGAACUUAUACCCUUAUGUGAAAAAAUUGGCAAAAUCUAUGAAAUGCGGAUGAUGAUGGAUUUCAAUGGAAACAACAGGGGCUAUGCUUUUGUAACAUUCUCCAACAAACAGGAGGCCCGGAACGCAAUCCGACAACUCAACAAUUAUGAAAUUAGGAAUGGUCGUCUCCUGGGGGUUUGUGCCAGUGUAGACAACUGCCGUUUAUUUGUAGGAGGGAUUCCUAAAACCAAGAAAAGGGAAGAAAUCUUAGCAGAGAUUAAGAAAGUUACAGAUGGUGUUGUUGAUGUCAUCGUGUACCCCAGUGCAGCCGAUAAAGCCAAAAACCGUGGAUUUGCUUUUGUCGAGUAUGGAAGCCAUCGAGCAGCAGCCAUGGCGAGACGGAAACUGUUACCAGGAAGGAUACAAUUAUGGGGACAUCCAAUAGCUGUUGACUGGGCAGAGCCAGAGGUUGAGGUUGAUGAAGACACAAUGUCAGCAGUCAAAAUCCUCUACGUGAGAAAUCUUAUGUUAUCAACCACAGAAGAGACAAUUGAAAAAGAAUUCAGCAGCAUAAAACCAGGGUCAGUGGAACGAGUAAAGAAAAUCAGAGACUAUGCAUUUGUGCACUUCAACAACCGUGAAGAUGCUGUGGAAGCCAUGAAAGUCUUAAAUGGGAAGAUGGUGGAUGGUUCUCCCAUCGAAGUCACUUUGGCCAAGCCAGUCGACAAAGAUAGCUACGUUAGAUACACCCGGGGCACUGGAGGACGCGGGGGAGCAGUAUUGCCAGAAUACACCUAUACCUUUGGGCCUGUAUAUGACCCUGCUGCCGCCUACCUGGGGACCCCAGUAUUCUAUGCACCUCAAGCCUAUGCUGCCAUUCCCAACCUCCACUUUCCUGCUGCUAAAGGACAUCUUGCCAACAGGGCCACCAUUAGACCACCAUCCAUUAGAGAAAUUUACAUGAAUGUACCUGUAGGGGCUGCCGGAGUUAGAGGACUAGGAGGCCGUGGCUACUUGGCUAACCCUGCCCUCGGUCGUGGAUACCAGCUCAAAGGAGAGAAAAGAGAGGAGGAGAAACUGUAUGACCUUUUGCCAGGAAUGGAGCUUACGCCAAUGAAUCCCAUCAGUUUAAAACCACAAGGAAUUAAACUUGCCCCGCAGAUAUUAGAAGAGAUCUGCCAGAAGAAUAAUUGGGGACAGCCUGUCUAUCAACUUCAUUCGGCUGUUGGGCAAGACCAAAGACAGUUGUUUUUAUAUAAAAUUACUAUCCCUGCUCUUGCCAGUCAAAAUCCUACCAUGCAUCCAUUCACACCACCCAAGCUCAGUCCUUAUGUAGAUGAAGCCAAAACAUAUGCAGCAGAAUAUACUCUUCAAACUUUGGGUAUCCCCACUGAGAGCACAGAGACGCCGACUGCUACAGCAUCUUUUCCAGGAUAUAUCGCCAGCACAGCUGCAACUGUUGCAGCCACUCAGCUCAAGCAAGCCGUGACUCUAGGACAGGAUUUGGCCGCUUACGCAGCAUAUGAAGCUUACCCAGCUUUUGCAGUGGCGACUCGUAGUGAUGGAUAUGGAGCUUUUUAACAGAUGUAUUCUGCUGCUGUAUUUGAAGUAUUGGUUUCUUCCAGUCUUUAAUCAAGCUGUGACAAUGCAAUGGAGCUACUUUAGGCUAAUGAGUAGAUGGGCUUAGUAAUUUUGAAUUCAUAAUUGGGUAAAUUGUGAUGGAGCGGGAGUUCUUUGCUUUUCGAUUAACACUUUGGUAGAUGCUAUUUUUAAAGCAAUCCUUAAAAUGUGUUUUGGAUACAAAGAGGGGAAACUUCUUAGAUGCACCAUUUGGUUUCUGUUUAUGCCAGUGCUCCUUGGUGAUUAUUCCCAAUAAUAUUUUUAAUAGUGAAGUGGCAAAACUACCCAAUUUCUUCAAUUUUAAGACAGACUUCUCCCCAUAUAAACAACUCUGAAAACAAGGUGUGUCUUAGAACGAACGGUGAUUUUAUAUGUACAAAUAGAUCUUUUUUCUAUUGGUGAUACUGAAAUUAAUAUGCAUCUCACAAUCAAUGGUGUCCUACAGUAAAAGAAAAGUGGAUAUUAUAUUCCUCUGGUUUUCUUUUAUAUAUUUAUGGAUCCUUCCUAUGCUGAAGUGGCAGCCAUAAUCAUAGGAGCAGCAGGGUGCAAUUUUAAUAGGUGAAUAGAUUUAACUUAUCUUCUAAAAAUGUAAAUAGCAGCCACUGGGGAACAAAUUCCAAUCAUGAGUCCAACAGAUAGACAGGAAGAAGUUAAUAUCUUACAUCCCUAUAGUGAUCUGGAUGGAAACUACUCUCCCAAAGCUAUUAAUUACAUUGGGAGGUCUGUUGUCAUUAGAAAGGAAGGGUUAAAUUCCUCCUCCAAUUCUGCUUCAAGCUGGAUCAUAUCACAGCUUUCUAUAGUGACUGCUAUUUGCAUUUUUAUAAAUGUGCACAUUACAUUUAAUGCCGUAUCUAGCUAUGGCCUUUCUCAACAAGUGGAGAUUCCACAUAUAUUAAUGUGUGCUAUAGCUUUCUCUGCCAUCUCCAUGGGUUACAGUUAAGGGCAAAAUUCAAUGUGCAAUUUGCUGUCUGACUAUUUGGAUAUAAAUUCUAUUGAGUUAAAUGAGACCUGUUCCUUCAUAUGUGUGUGUAGGGCUGUACCCAUUUUGUACAAGGAAGCCAAUGAUGCAUUCCCCUUCGUAUCUGCUCAGAAGUAAAGUCCACCAAAUUCAAAGAGACUUUGCUCCCAGAUAAGAAUGUCUUGAGGGCUGCUGGAGGGGAGGCUGUCAAAGGUACAAAAGGAAAUCCUUAACUUCUAUUACAGAAGGGAUGGUAACUUUGCUGGCUCUAUGAGGCCAAUGAAUGGGGAGUUUUAAUGGAGCUUUUCUAAAAUUGAACUAGAAUUUUGGGUGAAGGGGAACAGCAAUUUACCUUAAUAAUAAUAAUAACAACUUUAUUUUUAUACCCCGCCCCAUCUCCCCGAAGGGACUCGGGGCGGCUUACAUGGGGCCUGGCCCGAUAAAACAAACAAAUAACAGUAACAAAGCAAUAAAACAAUUAUCCCAGUAAAAACCACCAACAUCAAUAAAAACAAUCAUUAAAAUCAACAAGCAGGAUACAGUGUUAAAAACAGGAGACUAAUUCGUAGAUCCCAGGUGAAAUAGUUUUUUUUUUGUUAGAAAAAUUAUUUAGGAGUGUAAAGAAAUUUAAAGGGUGUGGAAAUAGUUGUGUGGGAAUACUGUCUUCAGGCUGUUCUUGUAUUGGAGUCUUAAGAAUAAUUGUUUUUUAUAUUUAAAAUAAAAAGAUGUGUCUGUCUAUUAUGUUGAGGACUUAAGAAGAAUGGGGGAAGUAAAAUAAAAGUUUUCCCUUGACAUUAAGUCUAGUUGAGUCCAAGGUGGUGGUGCUCAUUUCCAUUUCUAAGCCAUGGUCAUGUGACCGGCAUAUAAUCAUAGAAUCAUAGAGUUGGAAGACACCUCACAGGCCAUCCAGUCCAACCCCCUGCCAAAAAGUAGGAAAAUCACUUUCAAAGCACCCCCGACAGAUGGCCAUCCAGCUUCUGUUUAAAAGCCUCCAAAGAAGGAGACUCGACCUCACUCCAGGACAGAGAGUUCCACUGCUGAGCAGCUCUCAUAGUGAGGAAGUUCUUCCUAGUGUUCAGCUGGAAUCUCCUUUUCUGUAGUUUGAAGCCAUUGUUCUGUGUCCUGGUCUCCAGAGCAGCAGAAAACAAGCUUGUUCCCUCCUCCCUUUGACUUCCCCUCACAUAUUUGCACAUGGCUAUCAUGUCUCCUCUCAGCCUUCUCUUCUUCAGGCUAAACAUGCCCAGCACUUUAAGCCGCUCUUUGUAGGACUUGUUCUCCAGACCCUUAAUCAUUUUAGUCGCCCUCCUCUGGACACCUUCCAGCUUGUCAACAUUUCCCUUCAAUUGCGGUGACCAGAAUUGGACACAGUAUUCCAGAUGUGGUCUGACCAAGGCAGAAUAGAGGGGUAGCAUGACUUCCCUGCAUCCAGGCACUAUAUUCCUAUUUAUGCAGGCCAAAAUCCCAUUGGCUUUUGUCUGCCGCAUCACAUUGUAGGCUCAUGUUUAACUUGUUGUCCACAAGAACUCCAAGAUCUUUUUCCCACGUACUGCUGUCUAGCCAGGCAUCCCCCAUUCUGUAUCUGUGCAUUUCAUUUUUUCUGCCUAAGUGGAGUAUCUUGCAUUUGUCCCUGUUGAAUGUCAUUUUGUUAGUUUUGGCCCAUCUCUCUAAUCUGAUAAGAUUGUUUUGAAUUCUGCUCCUGUCUUCUGGAAUAUUAUCUAUCCCUCUCAGAAGUAGCCAAAAGGUGCUCCAUUACUCAAGGCAUGACUGCCUGGAGCACCGUUACCUUCCCACCAAAGUAGUACCUAUUCAUCUACUCACAUUUACAUGUUUUCAAACUGCGAGGUUGGCGGAAGCUUGGGCUGCAGUGAUGAGAAGGUAAUGGUGGCAAUAAGGUAACCACCGGGGGCCAUGGUGGUGCAGCGGGUUAAACCACUGACCUGCAGAACUUGCUGACUGAAAGGUUAGCGGUUCGAAUCCGCGGAGCGGAGUAAGCUCCUAUCGUUAACCCCAGCUUCUGCCAAUGGGGGAAGUAUCCAAAGAGAAAUAAAUGCCCUGCUUCGCCGUUAUAAUUUUCAGAUGUCCUCCUUCAGUAAUUAUUUUGCGACUGCUAACUUCAAAUAUUCAAGGGAACCACAUAUUCCAGUCCUGUGAAUGUUUACUUGAAAACCCAUCCCCAGUUUAUAGUGAUGCUUGGCCCUAAGUACAUUAUUGAGACAUUAAUUGCUACCACAAAGUAUUUUUAAUUAGAUUUGUGGAUGCUAUGGUGUGUUGCUGGCUUUCUAAUAAUAUUUGAAAUAUUAGGAAAACAACAUAGAGGCAAAGAUACAUUUGAUAUAAAAAUGCCCACGCUUUCAUUUUUUUUAGAUGAGCAUUUUUAUCUAAGAGGUGAUAUUACAUCUUGAUAGAUGUCCGUUAAAUGGAUGAUUUAUUAGUGUAAAGGAGGAUGCAUUUCCUCUGCCUCCAAGCCACAGCUUGGGAAAUAAGAAGACUGAACUUGAUGACACCCUGAAACCGUAUGAAACUAAGCAUUACAAAAUGAUAUUCUUGGUCCCAAAGCAUCACUACUUAAGUAUGGAUGUUUUUACCCUGUCAUUAUGUUCAUAUUUGCUAAAAGUAACUUUCCAAGCUCUGUCCAGAACCUGUGGGAAUACAGUUAAGGGAUGUGAUUUUAAAAAAUGGUGACAGUGAAUAUUAAGGGUAAAUUUGGUUAUUAUGAUAUAGUAGUUACAGCAAGCAUAUGAAUCACUUACACCUCCCACUAUGUUUACUCACAACAUCUUGUAUACUUUAUCCAUGACCAUCCUUUUCAUUCUGCUCAUUUAUAAAAUAUAUUCUUGAAAGUUGCCAGGUUACAGAAAGUGCAGUGGUUUCUUUCCUAUCCUGCUAUAAAUCAUUAAGGAAGCAGACAUAAGAGCUAAGAGCUUGGUGGGGGCGAGGAAGGUGGAUCUUUCAUAAGUCUUGUCAUAUCAAAAUGAUUUUCUAGUUACAGCAAGGGCAAACCUGUUUAUUGCUUUGUUGGCAGGGGUUCAAUGUUCCAUUUAUUGAAUAUUCAACAUGUUCUUGGCUCUCCUGUGCAUUCUGUUCUUGCAAACAAAUAAUCUUAUUGACUAGAACAUCCCCAUCUCUCCAUUUUACCAUAAUUGUGCAACAGGAAGGGUGUGGACCUUAUCUGUUUUAGCAAAUUCUACAGAAUUAAGCUGUUAAGUGAUCCCUUGAUAGCCACCAGUGCCAAAGAUAGCCAUUAUUGAAAUAUUCUAUAGCAUCUUUGAUGCAUGAUGUCAAUAAAAUGGACUUUUAACAGAGAUUCAUACAUAACAGUUGCUAAGUAGUCAGUGAUUACUAUAAAUUUAAUUUCAGUUUCAAAUAUGCUUUUCUUUAGCAGUAAGUGUGGGGUUUGGGAGGAGAAGGCCAAGCCAUUGGUGAUAACUCAGGAAGAUAGACUAACCUUUUAUGAUGUUCUUUCCCGUGCAAUAUAGAAUCAGUAUCACAGAUCCACUGUAGUUCCUUAUAAUACAUCAUCACUGAAAAAUGGAUGUAUUGGUUUGUUGAAACAAGAUGAGAAAGUCAAACACUGCUAGCUGCUGGAAACAGUGAUUGGUCUCCAAGGCCAGCCACAAAUUAGGGACACCUACUGUUUAGAGGCAUAGUAAUUUGAGUAUUGGACUACAAUUCUGGAGACCAGGGUUUGAAUCCCCACUCUGCCAUGAAAACCCACUGGAUCACUUUGGGAACUCAUACGCCCUCGGCCUUAGAUGAAAACAAUGGCAAACCUCUAAAAAAAAUCCUGCCAAGACAAUCCUAUGAUAGGGUCACCAUGAAUCAGAGUUGACUUGAUGACAUAUAGCAGUAACAACACAAUGUUUAAACUCUCAACUUCAUCAGACAGGGCUGAAUUCGGGAGCAUAUGCUGGUUCCCCUUCCCUUUUGCCACGAAGCCCGCCAGCUCCCAUCCCACGAUGCACAGCUACUUCUGUGGUAAAAAAAGAAGGGGAAUUGGCACAUACCACCAUAGCAUCAAUACGGGAAGGAGCCUCCGGUGGCUUAGGGGAUAAAAGCCUUGUGACUUGAAGGUUGGGUUGCUGACCUGAAGGCUGCCAGGUUCGAAUCCCAACCGGGGAGAGCGCGGAUGAGUUCCCUCUAUCAGCUCCAGCUCCAUGCAGGGACAUGAGAGAAGCCUCCCACAAGGAUGGUAAAACAUCAAAAAAAUCCGGGCGUCCCCUGGGCAACGUCCUUGCAGACGGCCAAUUCUCUCACUCCAGAAGCAACUCCGAUUGCUCCUGACAUGAAAAAAAAAAUCAAUACGGGAGACUUCCCAUGUUGCAUUGAGAUCAGUGGUGGGAAGUCAAGUGGCAGGCGUUUUCUCCCCAUGGGAUGAGGUAAAGGGGAAGCUGGGAGAUGUGGAGCAUGGGAUGAUAGGUUCCUCACACCGGGCAGUUCUGGCUUCGCCACAAUUCGUGGCAAUUCCGGCAGCAAAUGGGAUGAAGUCCUCUGUCUUGAAUCUGAACCAAAUUGUUACAGAAAGGCAUUGUUUUAGAAACAUAGGGAGCUGCCUCAAUGUAUUAGGACAAUGACCCAUUUGAUUCAGAUUGGUUUUGAAGGUUUCAGACUAGACUCUUUUAUGGGACUACCUAGAGAUCCCAAGAAUUUGAGAUUGAAUGUUUAAAUGCAAAUCAUAUGCUCUUCCCAGUAAGUGCUGAUAAAAGAUGGAUUUAUUUCAAAGUAGUCUCUAUGUGUACAUUAUGACUAAAUCACUUUUGUUAAUUCUACACUUGUGAAAAAUGCUGAGGUUACUAUAUUAAUGCAUCUAGGCAUCUAACAUUAACGAAAAGUGUUUGUAUUUGAUAGAAAUGCUCUCUCACUUUUAUUUGUUAACUAUGUACUAUCCCCUCCCUUAGACAAGGUAUUUAUACACCGUGAGAUAAAACAGGUGCCAAAGAAACAGAAACAGUAUUAAAAAGUGUGUGCGUAAAAGCACUUAUAUUUUUCGUACUUGUGGUACAGUCUUUGUAUAGUAUUGCAGUACUGUGAAGUCAUGUAUACCUAGCUUUACUUGAAACAAUCAGUUGUAUUGAUAACAUUUUUCAAGUGGUAUCUCUUCAAUUAUGAACCAUGAAUUAUGAAAAAAUUAGAUUCUGUACUUUGUUAAUCGAAUGAUAAUCAAGCGGCUAUUAAAAAUUAUUAAACUUUCUGUAAAUUGUAAAA